CCAAACAAUUAAAAAUGAUUCAGUGUCAUUUGUCGCUCGUGACAGUCCCGGCAAUUAUGUCGAAACUUUUCGUCCGUUUAUCCACCACCGCGGCACUAAAUCGCGUUUCAGUUCGAAAAUUUGGCCACAUUCCAAUAGUGGUGGAACAAUCUGGGCGAGGCGAUCGCGCUUACGAUAUCUAUUCGAGAUUACUCCGCGAAAGAAUCAUUUGCUUAAUGGGCCCAAUCACGGAUUACACCAGUUCUGUUAUAAUAGCGCAGCUCUUAUUCCUGCAAGCGGAGUCGGCCAGCAAGCCCAUCCACAUGUACAUCAACUCACCUGGGGGUGUCAUUACUUCCGGUUUAGGGAUUUAUGACACCAUGCAGUACAUCCUGCCGCCCGUUGCCACUUGGUGCGUGGGUCAAGCUUGCAGCAUGGCGUCGUUAAUUCUGGCAGCAGGAGCAAAGGGGAUGAGACAUUCCCUCCCAAACUCACGAAUUAUGAUCCAUCAGCCUUCAGGAGGCGCCUCGGGCCAGGCUACCGAUAUCAAAAUUCAAGCCGAAGAGAUUUUAAAAAUGAAAAAGCAGAUCAAUUGCCUGUAUGUUAAACAUACAGAAACUGCGUUGGAACGCGUCGAGCAAAGUGUAGAACGCGACAACUUUAUGAGCCCGAGCGAAGCGUUAGAAUUUGGGAUUAUUGAUAAAGUAUUAACAAGUCCUCCGAAAACAAAGCACGUCCUCGAACUUAACAACACUUUACCUAAGAGAGUUGACACAUUUAAUCAAUCUGUUUCCAACCAGACUGCCAACUGAUUAUACCGCUUUAUCAUUCUCUAUACUGUAGACAGUGUAAUAUAUCCCAUCAAAUCACUGGUU